CAACAUUUUUGAGUGGUUUGUAUCUUCAGUCUUGUAUGCUUAAAUGUUGGCGCGUGAAAUUAUCACGACCAACGUUUAUCAGUUGAAAACACGUGCUUAUCAUAAAUAUACCGACUGUGCUAAUCUUCUGUUGAGUCGUUGAGAUAAUAGUACCAUCCGAUAAAACUAAAGUACACAUAAUAUUUUGACAUUUCUACUUCUGUAAUCUGUUUUAAUAUUUUAAUUUGAAAUUUAAAACCUUGUUGUGAACACCAAACGGAAUCGAGACUUCCGGUGUUUUUGCAUUACACUCGAUUCUCAACGUUCUUUCGUGAUUUAAAUAUUGUUGUCACGAAAUUUAAGAUGGGAAAAGUACGUAGGUACAAGAAAAAAUUAGCCAAAGCCGCUGAAGGGACGACGAACGAUGGCAAUGGAAGUGAACAAACAAAUUAUUUGUCAUUGGCUGAAGAGCUAAUGAAAAUUAAAAAAGAUGACGACAAGAUGAGCGUCUGUUCUGUGAUGAAGAGUGUCAAAUCUUGUGGUGGCGGUGAAUCUCUAAAACUGAAAAAAGAUGCAAAACGGUGUUUAAAACACGCAUUCCUGAUAAAAAAGCUUGGAGUGACACAAAAAAAAUUGAAAAAGAGGAAGAAAAAGUCUAAUAACGAUGAUGACAGUGACAGUGAUGAUUGUGGUGAUAUUGAAAUGAGUAAUCAAAAAGUACUAAAUUGGCCUGUUGAAAAAACAAAUAAUAGUGAUACACGAAUUGCCCCUGUUAAGAAACAUAGAAAAGGAUUCCAAAAAAAACAAAACGCCCAAUUAGCUAAAGACUUGACAUUGUUUUCCAAAAAAAUUAAAAACCAAUUGAAGCAUCCUGAUCAAAGUAUCAUCAAAACAUAACUAACUUCUAUUUUAACUACAUUUUUAACAUUUGUAUUAAAUUUCAAGUUUAUACAAUUUUUAAUUGAUUUUAUCUGUUGUUGUUUACCUAUUACACUUUUAAUUUGUAAACAAGAGUUUCUUGAAUAAUACUAAUUAACUGUUAAUCACAUUAAAAAUGUUAAAUGAUAUACAAGUAUUAUAACUUAAUAUUAAUUGUAGAAGGUAGAUGUUUGAACUCCAAAAUAAAAUGAACCAACAUAA